GUGGUUGUGAAGCAUCUAAAGCUGACUCUAAUAUAGCAAAAGGCUUUAAAGCUUGCUUGCUAUUGGUCAGAGAUGCCCGAAUUAUGCUUAAAGCUAACUUGUGGACAGAAGUAGGCUUAGUAAAUGAAUCAAUAGGGACUAUUCAAGAAAUUUUGUCUGAAGAAGAUCAGGGUUCACCUUUUUUUUCAACUGCAAUUCUUGUCAAAUUUGAUUAUUAUACUGGUCCCACUAUUACAACUAUAGAAAGAAAAAAACUUGUACCCAUAUUACCCAUUUAG